AUGUUUGGUCCUUUCAGAGCUUCUCAGCCGGCUUUAGGUGGUUUGUUGUGGAAAGUGCCAUGGAGAAUGUCUGGUCCUCAAAAGGCUAGACAAAGAGACAGAUUAAGAAAGGUGGAUGAUGUGCUUGCGACGCUAAAAUUGGGUCUACAUUUGAACCGGAACUCCAUGCCUGUUUCUGAGGCGUCGCAGCUGAACGUGCGUAAGAUCAAGCCUGGUGUGAAGAGUCUUCGUAUAUUGGAUAAGGCCAAGUACUUCCCAAAGGAACACGAAAUGUCUGCAACGGACAAGUACUCUGUGUUCAGCAGGUAUUCGAGCGGGUACAGAAAGGGUAUACACAAGGUUCCCAAGUGGACCAAGCUCUCCAUCAGAAGAAACCCUCGUCAUUUCUGA